GGGCGCUCGCUGAGAUGACCGGUCUACAAAACAAACGCAGAGGCGGCAUAAUGACCCGAGCGCACUCUACAUAAGCCAGUCUUAGGAAGGAACGUCUGUCAGUUCUAUCCUCUGGCUAGCAAUGCGCACCCUACGGAUUUCGCUCUUCGUCUCUUGCCUCGCGGCAUCAGCCCGAGGACAUCUACAGAGAAUCCGGGGCACCGAAGACAGAGCGGAGCCGCUCUAUGCAACUUUCGGAUCCGUCGCGGGUGUGAGAUCCACUCCGUCGUACCCAUAUUACCCGGAGUCGAGGUACCCUUAUUUCGGUGGAUCACAUCCGGUCGAAACGGUUUACGAACCGGAGCCGAUCGAGCGGGAGCCCCCAAAGGUCAAGCCCAAGCCACCGAGUCCGAGUGACAAAGGUGGCUCUACAUCUUCGACUGUCGUUGUGAGCUCGACCGUCUUCAACCCAACUCCGCUUUACGUCGACAACGGAUACGUGAGCCCAUUGAGUGUCAUGCAGGGGGUUCCGGCGGGCGACUCAACAUUGGUCGUUGUGGAUCAACAAGGCUCCUUCGCUCAGCCGGUGGCUCAGCCUGUAUCUGUCAGCCUCGGAACCGUCCAGAACUAUGGAGGCUUCGUCACGAAUGGCGUAGUGGCGAACGCUGGCUUCGCAACGAAUGGCGUAGUGGCGAACGCUGGCUUCGCCACGAAUGGCGUAGUGGCGAACGCUGGCUUCGUCACGAAUGGCGUAGUGGCGAACGCUGGCUCCGUGAACGGCUAUGCGUCCCAAAAUGUCAAUUUCGUCAACGGCUACCCCCCGACAAAUGUUGUCAACCAGGGCAUCAAUACAGGACCAACCGUCUAUGUCAACAACGGAGGCGGGUUCCAGCAAAACUCAUUCUUCGCACCCGCCAAUCAGGUCUUCCAGGAUGUCACCGUGAAUCAAGGCGACCGCGUCUCACAGAGUGCGUCCGUGGGCGAUGGCAGCUCAAUCCAGCAGAAUGCCCGCUUCAAACGUAGUGAAGAAGUGUCGCAGCAAGCCGUCGUGAACCUUAACGAUGCGGCGUCAUCGGAUGCCCAGACUGAGCGUGACAGCAACGUCUUACAGGACGGCAGCGUGAAUCCUGAGGGCACGGUUCCGGGGGAUGCUGAAGUGCCGGCUCCCGAGAGCUUAGAGCAUUCAAGCAGGACUGAGCAGGACCCUGACGUGCUCCAAGAGCGUCAAACAGGUCUCGAUGCUCCUCAGCCGGAAGAUGAUGAUCGACAAAUCGCUGAACCUGAGUCGGAGACGGGCGAUGAGUCGGUGGAGAAGGAGAGCUCGCCCGAGGGAGACUGUGGGAUGAAUAGAGAAUUCUGCAGCGGCAUGGGCGACUACGGAUCCUACCCGAGCAAGGAUCCGAGGGGAGACUUCUUCCGUUGUUCUGCCUGCGUUCCACAUUUCUUCUUCUGCAGUUCAGGGACGAUCUUCGAAACCGCAUACGGCAAAUGUGUUUGA